AUGACGCCCAUCCUGCAGCCCGCGCCCGCGUCGCGCUCCAUGUCCAGCCAGCCCGAUGUCCAAGCCCCGGACCACCACAACCUGCUGCCUCCCGGCCGCCCCAGCAAAGAUGGCGGCCGCACUCCCGCCAGCUACGGCGGGCCCACCGCCCGCGGCGCCUCGUACACGACCACCAUAGCCCCCGGCCCCGGCAGCUUCAGCUCUGAGCUGCGCUCCACCACCUCGCGCUCCGACACGCGCCCGCCGCUGAUCGAGCAGCACACGACCUUCGCUGGCGACGAGGGCAUGCGCUCCGCCUCGGAGGCGAGGCAGGCCGAGCUGCGCGACCAGAUAGAGAAGGAGACGAAGAUCAAGAUCGGCUCAGAGAACCUGCUGGAGGCCCUGAACACCAAGAGCGCGAAGCAGGCCAAGGAGCAAAAGUCCCGCGUCGAGGCCGAGCUCAACAUCUCGAACCGCAAGCUGGCCAACCUGCGCCUGGACCUGGAGACCGAGAUGCAGCGUGCCAAGGAGCCCGUGUCCUCCGAGGGCCGCUUGUCGUUCCUGUUCCGCAGCGCUCCCUCGCGGGCCGAGUCGUACCAGAAUCCAGACGAGGUGGAUCCGGACAGCGAAUCUCCAACCCUGGUGCUGGCCGACAUACUGCAGGCCCUCGAGGUCGAAGGCCUGGCAAUGGACUACUACGUGGAAAAGGGAAACUCGCUGGUUGAAUUGUUCAAGAGGCACCCCACUCUCAAGUACGACUUGGCAUGGUCCGUUUUUGGCCUACGCGUGCAGAACAUGUUGCUCAGUGACACCCGCGAAGUCGCAGCAGCCGGAUACCGCGUCAUGAGGUAUGCAAUCGCAGACAGGAGAUCUCUUCAAACCAUCCGUUCUUUCCACACCGAUUAUCUGGUCAUUCUUUCGUUGGUCAAGGAAAGCAAAGUCAGCGUAGAGCGGGAGCAGGCGUUGAAGUUUGUCCGAGCUUUUCUGGAAGUCAAAGACGGCGUCAAGGAGAUUUCACGCGCUGUUAUCCGCAUUAUUGUCGCCGUUGCUGAGCACACGGAAGAUCGGCUACGGAACAUCAGCAUCUUGACGCUGGCAGAAAUCCUUGUCAAGGACCCCGAAAGGCUGGUAUCUUCGGGCGGCAUGGGUCCUUUGACAGAUGCGCUUGGCGAGGGGCUUUAUCACGCCUCGGAAAGUCUGACUGGCUCCUUUCUCUACUUGCUGGAUCUUCCCAGCAGAAGGAAAUUCCUACGGUCCGGGCACGAGCUUCAGAUGCCAUUCGCUGCGUUUACCGAUGCCUCCUCUGGGCAUGCCAAUGAAGAAAAACUCAAGGCCAACGCAAAAGUCAUUGCUGCACUAUUGAAAAGCUGGCCGGGCCUCCUUACUCUUUGCAUGCACGACUUCAUGGCCACCAGAUCUCUCAUAUCUUCACUAUACAUUCCCCUUCCUCAGGUUCGAAACGUCAUUUUGGAGCUGCUUUUUGACAUCUUGAGGAUCAAACCGCCAUCAUGGUCCUCUUCCUUUCUUGCUGGCCGACGCUUGACGACGUACGGCCGAGUCACAAAUUUGAAAAACGCCGAAUCUACAACGUCCGCUUCGAAAGCGGAGGAGGAAGAAACAAAACGAAGUCUUGUCGACCAUUAUGUCGCCGUUAUGCUGGCCGUAUUACUACAUUCCGGUCUAGUGCCCGCACUGUUGCACGCUGAGGAGGAUUCGAUAAACCUGACUCUCAAGAGGAAGACGACGCUGCUCCUUGGCGAGGUUCUCAAAAUGGCCAACGAGCUGCUGCCACCUUCAUGGAGUGCGGACCUCCAGGUCCUGCCCGACCUUCUCAAAUCCGCCGCCCAGUUUGGUGCAGAUGACCGCUUCAUAGCCACCGGAACCAUCUACCAAGUAGAUAGCGUCAACCGCACCCUCUUCCGCUCUGGGGGAAAUGAGAAGUUUGGUGGUGGUGUAGAAUCCGAAGAGGUACACCCACCACACCUGGCGAAAAAACAGUUUAGUGCCCAGAUUGACGAGGCCUCGUUCCGGAAUCUGAUGGCCGAAUCACGGGUCUUGGAGACUCCGAACUAUCAAAAGUGGAGAUGGGAUCUCGUCCUAGGAAUCCUCGAUGGGCCUCUGUACAAUCCCAAGCGUCUGGAUGAGGCGUUGAGGGCCACAAAAUUCAUCCACCGUUUGAUCAACUUCUUCAGGCCGUUCAAGCACCGCUUUUCGAUCUUGAAGAACACCAGACCAAACCAACGCUAUGUAAGGGCGGGCUGUUCACUGAUGCGAGCUCUUUUAAACAACUCCGAUGGAGCCAGGUACCUGAUGGACAGCAAGCCGAUCAGACAGCUGGGCGAGUGCUUGUCACAUUUCGAUCGUAUGAGUGGUCUCACUUCCGAAGAACCAAUCUUCUCUGCAGAGCGCAUGGGAGAAACUCUGACUGGUGGAUAUUUCGCGAUGCUCGGCGAGCUGAGCAAGAAGCCAGAAGGUGUCCACAUUUUCGAGAGGUGGAAGAUGAUUAACAUGUUCUAUCAUAUCGUGGAACUGCGGGACAGGGACGACUUGAUGAAGACUCUCCUCAGCAACAUGGACUACACUCUGGAUGGACACCUCCGUAUCAUCCUGUCGAAAGCAAUGACCGCCGGUACCAAGGAGAUCCGCAUCUUCUCAACCAGACUCGUGAGGAAAUACGCCACAAGACCGCUUCAGCAUGACGACGCGCCCAUGCCUGGCACAGGGGUUGCUGAGUGGGCUAUUCGUCUUCUGGUCACGCAGCUUUACGACCCGGAUGUCGAGGUUUGCGAGGUGGCCAUUAAGAUUUUGGAGGAAGCUUGCAAUCAAAAGAGGUCGCUCGAGUAUGUCGUCAAAUGCGCUCCGACACUGGACCAUCUGAGCGAGAUCGGAGCCCCGUUGCUCCUCCGAUUCCUGUCAACAUCGGUGGGUUACCAUUAUCUUGAUGGGCUGGACUACAUCACGAGGGAGAUGGACGAUUGGUUCUUGGGCCGUAAUGAUUCCUACGUGGCUCUUGUGGAGGCGUCACUCGCUCGCGCCCUGGCGGACAUACCCGAGAAGCCUCCGUCACAUUUGGCGUUUGACGAACUACCUGACCCUUCGGAUUAUGGACUGGUACCCCCUCACUUUUACCGCGAACUUGCCCGGACGUUGGAAGGAUGUAAGUUGCUCGAGGCGAAAGGUCACUUCGAGGAAUUUGCGUCGACGAUCAAGGACUUCUGCAUGGAAAAGGAAGACGCGGAAAUCAUCCUGAAAGUCAAGGGGUGCUUGUGGGCUGUGGGAAACGUCGGCUCUAUGGAUUUGGGAGCACCGUUCCUCGAGAGCACAGAUGUGACAAAAUACAUUGUGCGGAUUGCCGAAGAGUCUGAGGUCAUGUCGCUGAGGGGGACAGCAUUCUUCGUGCUUGGACUCAUCUCGCGAAGCUUACACGGCCAGGAAAUCCUGAUCGAGUGCGGUUGGGAUGCCGCAACUAACAUCAUGGGCGAGUCGUUGGGCUUCUGCAUGCCGCUUGAUUUCAAGAAGCUGUUCUCGCUCAAGCCAUGGAAGUCCUCGUUUGUCAAAAUCGAAACUUUGAAGACGCCGACGGACCCAAAGAACGGAAUCACAGACGACGACCCAAUCAACGCGCGGAUCCUGAAGCUCGUCGUGGAUCUUGGCAACACAGUGUUGGCUAAGCGCGCAGCGACUGACCUACACAACAUCAAGCAAAAGAAGGCUCCCGGAUUCCAGAAGCCAGCAAUGUUCCACAAAGUCAUGGCCAUCCUCGAACUGCACCACUUCCGGCUACCCGUGUGUCGUUUCGUCAUCGACCUCUUCGACAAAAACGUGCUCCGGCAGAUCGUGCUCGAGGAAGAGAGCAGCUCGGACGAGGACAACGACAGCAGUGACGACAGCGAGCCGCCGCCGCCGCCGAUGCAGCCCCCGGCGCCGUUGUUCGCCACGAACGGGACCGGCAGGAGGCCGAGCCAGCUUUCUGUCGAAGUCACCUGA